GCAGUGUGUUUGGCGCCAGUGCUGAGACACAUGUGUAUCGCGUGCUUCUCAUUCCAAACUUGAACUUGGCUCUGAGCGCAGUUGUAUAUUGGACGUCUUAUUGAUUUGUUAUUACACCCGCUCUUUAGUCUUAACAUGCACAUAUACUUUUGCGGUAGCAUAAGGGGUGGCAGAGACGACGUGGUGCUCUAUCAGAAGAUUGUUAAGAAAUGCCAGCAGUAUGGUACAGUUCUGACGGAGCAUGUCAGCCACGGCAACCUCACGGAAAAAGGCGAGGAUGCAACCGUUAAAGGGGACAAGGCAAUCCACGAUAGGGACAUGGAGUGGCUUGAGAUGUCAGAUGUCAUCGUAGCGGAGGUGACACAGCCGUCUCUUGGUGUGGGUUAUGAGCUGGGCCGGGCCCUAGACAUGGGCAAGAGGAUCCUGUGCCUCUUCAGACCGUCUUCUGGCAGAGUGCUGUCGGCCAUGAUUCGCGGGGCUGAGAAUGACUCUUCGUUCCAUGUCAAGAACUACUCUGAGGAAGAGGUGGAGUCCAUUCUGGAAUCAUUCUUCGGUUCCCUCAAGAACUAAGAGUUAGAACCAAUGAGAGAACUCGCUGGUUAGAACUUUAUGUAGUAGUAGUAUCACCCUCCUUGUCUCCGUGUUGCCUCCGCAGAGGAGGAGGAUGUUCUACACAGUCUCACCCCAAGUAGUCAAUUUUUGACACCCCAAGACUGCAAUUUUUGACGUCUUGGGUAUUCCUUCCACGUCACAUUUUGACUAUGUCCUCAAAGGCGCCCCCUUGUGGCAGCAUAACGUCAUUGAGGUUAGGUUUAGGAAUAGUUUUAGGGUUAGGCCACAUAGUCAAAAUGUGACGUGGAAGGAAUACCCAAGACGUCAAAAAUUGCUGUCUGGUCCAAGGUAGUCAGAAAUUGACUACUUGGGGUGAGACUGCGUUGGGAUGUUCUGAAGACUAGCUGGACUCAAAGGAAAGGAUAGCUUGGACAUACACCAAUAUCUGCCAUGUAAAUUACUCAACUCAUGUCAAUAGACAAAAAUCAUGAAUACUAUCCUACCACUUUCACACUCACUCUCUCUCACAUGCACACACACACACACACACUCACACACACACAAACUGUAUGGGUCUUAAUUGAUCAAAUAGGCCAACCAAAACACUUUAUGUAUGUAUGUAGCCUAUAUUAGAUGUGUUUGCGCUCUGCAGAUUUCAAAGACUACAUUUUCCAUGAUUGUCUGUGUUGACCACAUGCUACAGCUACACGCUCCAGCUAAUACCUUGCACUCUCGGUGGAGUGUGUGGUGACAAACAUUGUCCACCAGAUGGCGCCAUACUGUGCCUUUAUAAAACGAAUGGACACUUCAUUACCAUCUGCAGUGGCGAGAGGAGAGGGCCACCACCAGAACAACUUGUAGGUGGCUUUGCAUUGUCACAACUAGAAGUUUUGUUCCAGAAUAAAGCGGACUGGGUACGUUGUUUGCCCAGUCAGUCCUGUCUCAGUGAA